AUGGAUCCAAUCAUCACCUCCUUCGCCACCACGGACCCCACCACAACCACAACCGCCAGCCCCCGAGACGAGUCCGACGCAUCGAUCACCUCUGGGUCCUACCGUUACAAGAAGGUCCAUGUCCCAUUGGCAUACCCCUCCGAAGCCAUCCAGCAGUCGACAACAAAGGCCUACAUCUACCCACCCCUCAUGUCCCCCUCUGACGACGCCUUCUACAAAUCCGCCCUCCCUUCCCAAGCAACGCCCCCAACCCCCGCAUCCAACUCUUCCCACUCGGCGUCUGUGGCCUUUUCGACACAACCGAUCAAUAUCCCGUCCUCGAAUGCCUCGCGAUCGAGGGAGACGGAGAGUGGCCGGUUUGGUGGACGACCGCUUCGGUCGUCUGCUUCCUUCCCUAACUCUCGUCUUGGCUCGCUUCCAAACAUGUCCCCUUUGCCCUCUUCUCCAGUGCAGCAGCAGCAACCGAUGCCGUCGCCACCACCAUCGCCCUGGAAACGAUCCAACAGUUUCUCACGCCCAUCGGUUCAUCGAUCGGCGACGUUGAUCGUGGAUGAGACGCCGUAUCCAGAUCUGCCGGCGGAGACGGCGUGCCUGAAUGGGGCCCAGUUCCUGGAUCUGUCCGAGGAGGACCUUGAACGGAUGGAAAUCAACCUAAAGUGGAGGUCGAUGAUCAUGAAGGCCGUGGGAAUGCUCCGCCGCGAGACCCUGCGUGCCAGUCGAGUCGUCUCAAUGAACUGGGAAGAUGGGUAUAACCCCGAGAAGGAUGGCGGCGCCCAAACCGUCAGUCCCGGCCCUUCCUCGCCCAUUCACUCCGACGAGGAGGAUAGAUCCAUUAGCCAUUCAGCAUCAGCAUCAACCUCAUCCGACCCAACUCAUUCCCAAGAGACCUCCCAAAGCCAAACCCAGCCCCACAACCGUCGUAGUAUCGCCCUCUCCUCCAUCACCACUACCGAUAACAACAGCAGUACUAUGGAGAACACCAAGGUCCAACCAGUCGACGCCCAAGAGCUCCGCCGUGGCAUUGUCGAAGACAUCUCAAGCAUCCUCCUCUCUUGGAAGAAGGACCAAGAAGUAGCCCUGGCCAAGAAAGCUACCGAGUCUUCCUCAACCAUCGGAGGACUUGGGUUCAUGGAGGGCGUGGUCAUUGGUGGAUUGAUCGUCGCCUUCAUGAUGCGCUUUGCUCGUUAA